UUGUAACAAUGGCGCUGGCGCUGUUCUCGCUGUCGGUGUGCUGCAUCGGCGGAGUAAAGGCUUCGCAGCUUCUGAUCCCUGAUUUCCAUCUGGGGUCUUGGGCCCAGGAGAAAGAUGUCCUGGACGUUGUUUGCGCCACGAAUUUGAGGCAAUCCAGCAGCAGUUUCUUAACGUACGUCGCCGGAUGCUUUGUGGCCAAGAAGCGCAUCUCUGCCAACACAAGCCAUGACGGCGAAGGCGACCUGGUCGAGGGCUCACUGUUCUACCAGAAAGUGGAAGAAAGUGUGGGCGUGCAAAGUCUCUGUCAGAAGGGCGAUGAGCCACAGCUCCGGCCAGCCUUCCUGGGACACCUGGAUUGCGGCCACCUCAAGGCCUGGUGUUUCUUUCUCUCCUCGCGCGAGCGCUGCCUCUCCCGCGCGGCCUGCUUCGGGGCUGGGCCGUUGCCGCGCUUCGGACACCGCGACGGCUGGGAGGAAUUCGGCUGGUUUAUGAAUCCAAAAAGCAUUGCUCGAAGCAUGGAUCGGAGCUUUUCUGUCUUUCGUCCACUGCAAGGACACGAAGCCUGGAGUCAUGGGGACCUCACGAUGGCCCCAGCGGCCAGUGCUGCGACGGUGAACAAGGGCACCCUGCGGGGAGCGCAUCCCUACGUGUGCGCAGAUGGUCACAUGCCACAUUUACAUUUGAAGCAUCCGCUGCUGACGGUGAUGCAUCCGUGGGGCAACGGCUACCACCCCUUGCUGUGCUGCGGCGACGAUGCUUGCGGCCUUGAACUGAGACAGGCGUGUAUCUUCUGGCGCCGUUCGCUGCCGCCCUGGCCACGGGUCCAUGUGCCCUCGCUGCUGCCCGGCGCCAAAGAUGCGCGGGAACGGUCCAACUUUCGAGUCGACCUCUUGGUACGCAGCUUCAGCCGCGAUCGCGAGGUCCUGAUGCUUCUACUGGAGUCUUUGGAGGCUCAUUGGCCUACGGCCCUGUGGCGCUCGCAGAUCCAUGUGGUCCUGGACGCCGACAGCGACGCGGACCGCCGGCUCUGCUCGGAGCUGAGCUCGACCUUCGGUGCCAAUCUGAAGGCCGAAGCAGGCGAGGGGCUGCGAUGUCAUUUGGAGCCGAUGUUUGAUUUCCUCGCAGACACCUCCUGCCAAGGCGCGCACGUCCGCGACGGCCGGCGCGAGACCUUCGGCUUCGGGCGCUACGUGCCGUCGCGCGCCGCGGCAGCCAUGUGGAGCCUGCUGAAGGCGGAGAUCUAUGCGAAGGAGGCGGACUACGUCGCCAUUUGUGAUGCGGACGUGGUCUUCUACACGCCACUGGUGCCCGAGUUGCUCUUCGAGUGGUCCAUGUCAAAGCCACGGCCCAUCCUGUAUGGCCACUGGAAGAUUCCAUUGUUUAUCUUUACGAUCAUUUCGUUAGGCAUGGAUUGGGUGGCCGAAUUCAUGGAUGCCAUGCCAGUCGUGGUGGAAUUGAAGCAUCUGAAGGAGGUGAGGCGGUUUAUCCAAGAGCGCAUGGGUGCGGAGUCAGAGGAAGCGGGCUGGUGCGAAUAUCUGAGCCAGAUGCAGUUUGAUGCGCUGAAUCGUGGCUGGUAUCACAACUACCAGGGGGAGUUCCCUUCCAUUCACACCUUGAUUUCGCACUACGUGUGGUACUUCCACCGCGAUCGUUACUUCUUUUCCAUCGAGGAUGCUCAGGUCCUGCUGCCGGCCUCCAGCCGCAACCAUAGCUGUCCCUCGGUGCGCCCGGCGUUGCACAUCAACGGCUUCGGGCCCAAGGAGCGGUUCACGGCGUUGGGACGAAAGGUGCUGGAAGAUGGUUUGAGCAACAAAGUGAGCUUGGAAAAUCCCAUCUUCCUUUUCCUCAUGGACUUCGAUGCGCGGCACUGCUUGCGCCGCAAUGGACAGCAGCUGAUGAAAGACUACCAAAAGUAUCCAACUUCCGAGGUCAGGACAGUCGAAGAGGCGCCGAGCGAAAAGGCUCCACGUGCCAGGAUUCGAAAUCUCACCCAGCACUUGAUGGAUCUGAAGCUCUUAGCGCCAGUGCCGAGCGCCGAUCGGAGCGCCGAAGUUCUGAGAGAACCUUUUCGGUUUCUUCGUAAGUCGAAACGCCAGGCGGCGGCUGCCGAGCGCCGAAGGGAGUUACCGCGGGCGAUGGCAAGCGCUGUGAAGAGUGGAACGAGCGGAGGGGCUUCUUCUCCCUUGACAAGUGCCAAUGACUACGAGGCAGCGAUUGCUGAGAGAUUGGCCACCAUGAAACCCAACUUUGGACCCGUGCGGAUUCUGCUGCAACAGGCCAUGGGGAAGGGCUUGAAAUUGAGCCUCAACACUUGGGCGUCAGUGAUGUCCAGCUUUGCAUCCCGCGGCGUUGAGGGACUUUCCACUGUGGAAAAAUUGCAGAAGCUCUUCCGGGCGUCUGGACCGGUUCUCAUGGAAAGGGAAGAUUUCCAUCGCGCCAUGCAGCUGGCGGCGGAAGCCGGUGAUCUGGAGCAUGUGGCUGACCUCUUCAACGACAUGGUUUGCAAAGGUUUCGAAGCGCAAGAGGACAGCUACACUUUGGUCUUCAAAGUGGGCUGA